AUGUCGUCUUCCCAGGAAGGGCUUCCCGAAUGGCCCCAGCUGGACUCACACGUGCUUUUGAACGAAAUGUUCCACGAGCGCGCAAUAUUUGUCAAUCGCACAGCAACGGGAACAGCUCCAGAAGUUCCGGCCGACACUCUUAAGCGAGUUCGGGAGUUUCAUGGCCAGUUAACCGAUUUUGAGCCAACUCCCCUGGUGCGGCUGGUACAGCCUGAGAUUGAUGCACAAGUCUUUGUCAAAGACGAAAGCAGCCGUGCCGGGCACGGGUCCUUCAAGAUACUGGGCACGUCGUGGGCCAUAUAUCGUGCAGUGAUUGGAAAGCUUGGGCUGCCAGAGGAGGCCUCAAUGCAAGAGGUGGCAGCUGCGGCCAGGGAUAAUGGAGUGGUGCUAUACGCGUCGGGAGAGAUCAUGCAUGGGCACGCUGUGGCCUACAUGGCAGGACAUCUGGGCAUCGAGGCAAAGAUUUACAUGCCGAGUGACUGCCCCCUGCAGGACAAGCUAUCGGUGGGAGACCAGGCCACGCUGAUACCGGCCGGGAACAACCUCGACCAGGCGCUAAGCGCAGCCAGGAGGGACUCGCUUCAAGACGCCAACGGUCUGCUCGUUUCAGAUUGUGCCAUAGAAGGGUACGAACAGAUACCAAGGUUUAUCGUCGAGGGCUACUCUACCAUAUUCGCGGAGUUGGACGAGCAGCUCGAGGCACUAGGAGUCGAGCCAACCCUGAUCCUCGUGCCUGUCGGUGUUGGCUCCCUGGCACAGGCUGCGGUGAGGCACUACAAGACGGAAAGGCGCCUUGCUGCCCACCGGUGCGCCAUUGUGACGGUGGAGCCACAGGAUGCCGACUGUCUGUACUUGAGCAUACGGGACGAACAGCCCACCGAGGUCAAGCCAGGAUUUACAAACAUGCACGGCAUCAACUGCGGCGUCGUGUCCAAGAUUGCCUUCCCAGAGCUGUUGCACACAGUCGACGCCUGCGUCACCGUCUGUGUGAGACGUGCCGACGAAGCCUGCAGAGAAAUGGGGAGAUCGGGAGUCCCAAACGGACCUUGUGGAGCUGCCACCUUGGCGGCCUUGUGGCGACUACAAGCAGCCGUUGUCAACGACGGCUUUAUAGCCAGGCUCUUUGGGCAUCACGCAAAGGUGAUACUGCUCAACACAGAGGGCACGAGGUUUUACAACAUGCGGCGAGAACAUUUUCGUCAGAACUGUAGCCACUACAGCCCGCCCGGAGCAGUCAUGGUUAGGCAGGGAAAUUCGUUGAUAGUCACGGCCCAGCCAACGGACACGGGAUCAGCUCUACACGGCCCAGCUGGAGUUGGGGCAGUAGGGGGGAACUGA